AGUGCAGUCUUACUUUAAACAUGCUUCACCUGCAAAUGGACCCGGCACCGCUGCGGCGGAGAGCGUGACCGACUGACGUCAUCGGCAUUGACGCAGCGCGAGCCGAGGUAUCAGAGCAGCAGCAGCAGCAGCCGCAGCAGCAGCAUCCCGGCUAAGCAACCGUAUCCCUCCUCCGCCGAUCUCCCACCACCGGCGAGGUCUUUUCCUCUCCCGAGCAUCCCUCCAGGAAUAACGAGAUAAAAGAUAAGAUGGCCACCUCCUCCUCCACUCUGGAAGAAGACGAGAGCUUGAAGGGCUGUGAAAUCUUUGUGCAGAAGCACAACAUCCAGCAGAUCCUCAAAGAGUGCAUUGUGAACCUCUGCAUCGCUAAGCCUGAGCGUCCUAUGAAGUUCCUGCGGGAGCAUUUUGAAAAGCUGGAGAAGGAAGAAUGCAAGCAGAUCAUGGCACGGCAGAAAUCUAACAGCCAGUCGGACUCACACGACGAUGAGGUUUCUCCCCCACCGCCCAACCCCGUUGUCAAGGCUCGGCGCCGCAGGGGAGGGGUCAGCGCGGAGGUGUACACCGAAGAGGACGCCGUCAGCUACGUACGCAAGGUGAUCCCCAAGGACUACAAGACCAUGACCGCCUUGGCCAAAGCUAUUUCCAAGAAUGUGCUGUUUGCUCACCUGGACGACAAUGAAAGAAGUGACAUAUUCGAUGCCAUGUUCCCAGUUACCCACAUUGCAGGUGAAACCGUCAUCCAGCAAGGCGAUGAAGGAGACAACUUCUAUGUGAUUGACCAAGGUGAAGUGGACGUGUAUGUGAACGGCGAGUGGGUGACCAGUAUCGGAGAAGGAGGCAGUUUCGGGGAGCUGGCCCUGAUCUACGGGACUCCCAGAGCCGCAACCGUCAAGGCCAAGACUGAUCUUAAACUGUGGGGAAUCGACCGAGACAGCUACCGACGUAUCCUCAUGGGAAGCACACUGAGGAAGAGAAAGAUGUAUGAAGAAUUCCUCAGCAAGGUGUCCAUCCUCGAGUCUUUGGAUAAGUGGGAACGUCUGACUGUGGCCGACGCUCUGGAGCCAGUUCAGUUUGAGGACGGAGAGAAGAUAGUGGUGCAAGGAGAACCCGGGGACGACUUCUUCAUUAUAACGGAGGGAAUAGCCUCUGUCCUGCAGCGCAGGUCUGACAACGAGGAGUACGUGGAGGUGGGACGCCUGGGACCUUCUGACUACUUUGGUGAGAUCGCCCUCCUGUUGAACCGCCCCAGGGCGGCAACCGUCGUCGCCCGCGGUCCGCUCAAGUGCGUGAAGCUGGACCGGCCCCGCUUCGAGCGAGUGCUGGGGCCCUGCUCGGAGAUCCUCAAGAGGAACAUCCAGAGAUACAACAGCUUCAUCUCCCUCACCGUGUGACACGUCGGCCCCUGUGGGCCCCACCAGCGGGGGGGCUGGGUCGGCAGCAUCAGCAGAGUUUGGGUGGGUGGGUGAUAACGGGUGAGGAUGUGGGGGGAAGGACAUGGGUUUUACAUCCACAGACUACAGGGUGCUCGUUUACUGCCUUUUUUUCCCCCCAUUUUGCGCUAUUUCUUUUUUUCUUCGAUCUUUUGCACUUGACCUGUGCUGUCGCGUAGCUUUAUGUCAAAACCAACAUGCAGGAGUGUAAAAGUCAGAGUGAGGACGGUGAUAAUUCAACUAAUGAGAUACUGUAAAUGACUCAUAAGUGGCAACUGUAUGUGAUGCAUGCUUCUAGACUGGCAUUUGCACAUUCAUGAAUUCACGAAAGGUACGAUGAAUUCAGGAAAUGAGAAAGAUGUAAAGUCAUGUUUAUGUGCAGUGGGAGGACUUGAGUACACAUUUAUUUUUUGCGCUAGUUGUAUUUUGCCUUUUUUUCACCUCUGGUUGUGCGUGGUGCACUUUCUAGAUCAAAUCAGACCCGCACUACAGGGACCCCCCAUACCGCCGAAAUAUAGAUGUGCAGUUUUGAAGAAUAUUAAAUACUUAGCCGGUCAUUUUGUAGUGCGAAUUAAGUGUGCUUUUAAUAAUCUUAUCAGUUGGAAGUUUGUUAACGACAAUGGGUUGUUGAGUCAAGAUUUUAAUAUAAGAUUUAUAUCUGCCAAAUUAACUAACAAGAGUUUUGUUGAGAAAGGGUAUCCGUCCCGUCUCUCCCUGAAGGGCUCCAGUCUGAUCUGGGAGUUGCGGCAGUGUUAUCGGUGCAGUUUGCAAACACACAAACAGAGUCUGAAACACACUGACAGGAAACACUCAACAAUACCGUACAUGCUUACUGCAUACCUGCACUGUCUCAGGACAAUUUCAUUCUUUAACUCAAACACAGACGUCUUUUCUGACGCUUUGGAUUUUAUUCUGAUAUAUUGCUAGAUAUAGAGAAGCUUUUGCACCACUUGAGAGUUUGUAACGUUGGGUCGAUAUGGAUUUUUGAUUUAGCUCUUUUUAACACAUGACUUGAAUGUUACGUAUGUAAAGUAGAAUAAUAUACUUGUGAUGCUUUUGUUUGAUCUACUGUAUUUUGUCAAAACUUGCACAACUGACCCAGCAACUGAUGUAUAAAAUGGGACCUGACAAGAAUCUUUAUAUAUUCUCUCUCGCUUUAUGUCUUUCUUUCAACUAUCAAACCAUCUUGAGCAAAUAAAGAUACGCUUCUGAAA